GAGAAAGCCAGAGGGCACUUCUAAAAACACUGAGUGCACUGCAUAAUUCCACAGAGAGAGAGAGAGAGAAUAAAGGAAUGGAUCUGCGGCUGCGAUCGCAGCAGCCGGCGUUCUUCGAGGCGGUGCGGUCGGGGGACGUGGAGGCGGUGCGGCGGGUAGUUGACGCGGCCGCGGAAGUCGGAGGAGGGGAGGCGGUGGCGGCGCUUAUGUCGUCCCAGACGGAUGCGGGAGAAACGGCGUUAUAUAUCGCGGCGGAGCAGAAUUUGGAGGAAGUGGUCCGAUAUUUGGUGCGGUUCUGCGACUUCGAGACGGCAAAGGUUCGCUCGCGCCUCGACAUGGAUGCUUUCCAGGUCGCCGCCAAGCAGGGCCACGUUGGAAUUGUCAAAGAGUUGUUGAAUGUGUGGCCUGGACUGUGCAAGUUGUGUGAUUCAUCAAAUACCAGUCCCUUAUAUUCAGCUGCAGUUAAGAACCAUUUAGAUGUGGUAAAUGCCAUAUUGGUCGCUGAUGAGAGUUCUAUGUGGAUUGUGAGGAAAAAUGGAAAGACAUCACUGCAUAUGGCUGCAAGAAAUGGAUUCAUUGAGAUAGUCAAAGCUCUUUUAGAGAAGGAUCCGGGAUUAGUUUCAGUCAGGGAUAGAAAGGGUCAGACUGCUCUUCACAUGGCGGUAAAAGGAAAGAAUCCUGAUGUUGUGGAUGAAUUACUUCAUGCAGAUCCCACAAUACUCAAUGUACAGGACAAGAAGGGUAACACAGCUUUGCAUAUAGCCACAAGAAAAUGGAGGCCACAGAUGGUGCAACUUCUGCUGAGCUAUGCAUCCAUGGAAGUCAAUGCCGUCAACAAUCAGAACGAAGCGUCAUUAGACUUGGCAGAGAAGAUCCCAUACGGUGAAUCCCAGCUGGACAUAAUGGAAAGCCUAACAGAAGCUGGUGCCAAGAAUGCCAGAAACAUUGGCCGGAUUGACGAGGCAUCAGAGCUCCGGCGAACUGUGAGUGAUAUAAAGCACGAUGUGCAGAACCAGCUCAUCCAAAACGCUAAGACCAACCGUCGUGUUUCCGGCAUCGCUAAGGAGCUCAAAAAACUCCACAGAGAAGCAGUUCAGAACACCAUCAACUCUGUAACUCUUGUUGCCACCCUUGUCGCCUCCAUUGCUUUCGUCGCCAUUUUCAACCUUCCAGGCCAGUAUCUCCAGGAUGGCGCAGAAGUAGGCAAGGCUUAUAUAGCUGGUAAAACUGGAUUUCGUGUGUUCUGUCUCUUGAAUGCCACUGCCCUCUUCCUUUCCUUGGCCGUUGUUGUGGUUCAGAUCACUUUGGUUGCUUGGGAGACGGACGCUCAGAAACAGGUGGUUCAGGUUGUGAAUAAGGUCAUGUGGGCUGCUUGUCUGAGCACCGGCGGAUCAUUUCUAUCGAUAGCUUUUGUGGUGGUGGGGGCGUCGUCGUGGAUGGCGGUGACGGUUACCUUGAUCGGAGGGCCGAUAAUGAUCGGUACUCUGGUGAUGAUGAGCUACCUCGUCCUCCGGCAGCGGUUCAAGAUCGGCGAAGAUUCUCAAAGACGGAUCCGCAGAGGAAGCGGAAGCAAGUCCUUCUCGUGGUCUCAUCACUCUGCAUAUUCUGAUCCAGAUGCUUUAUCUGAUCAUGAAAAGAAGAUCUAUGCUCUGUGAGUCCCCUCAUUGCUUAACUGUAUAUAAUGUACCACGGGAGUCUUGUCUUCUUCUUCUUGUUUGUUUUUUAAUGGUUUGGUGAUUGUGAAUUGGACUUUUAGAGAUGGCCUCAAAUUUGAGGGAUUAUUUCGUGCGGAGUCCGGGCAUAGAGAAUCAUUUGAUUUUGUGACUAUUAAUAGUAAAAGCACAGUGAUAAACAGAAAUUGUGCUUUUACUGUUCACAGUCACAAAAUUGAACGGUUCUCUGUAUUUGAACUCUACACGUAAUAAUCUCUCAUAUUCAGCCAAUUCUCAAUCACAUAAGGAUUACAUGGAGAGAGAGAGAGAGAGAGUUUGUGUGCCAAGCCUUGUUGAUAUAUAUAGAUACUACGGCUAUAGGCCAAUAAGUGUA